GGCAUUACGAAAUCGUGUACCACCAUGAAAAUCAUUUCUCUUUGAGCUACAAGAAUAUGAUGGCUUUUUUCUAUUUAUCUGCCAAUUUUCUUGCUCUGGUUGUAUCGGCGAGUUCUGUGAAGACUUCAAAAGGACAAACGCCAACCGUUGGGUUUGUCUUCGCUAAUUUCCUUGCCCACAAAGGCUACUAUUUGAACAUUACAACUGUUGGUACAGAACUGGUUCAAGACUCCUCUGAGUGCGUGUUCAAGUGUCUGGAGAAGGAUCCAUGUUUGUCCUUCAACCUGGCAGAUUUGGAUGAUAACAUUGACAAUCUGCUAUGUGAACUGCUUCCAUCUGACCAUUACACCCAUUCAGACAAGUUCAUCACCAACCAUCUUUGGUAUCACUACAGUAUUGUGUCUCCUUGCUCGAGGUUGCCCUGUCAAAACAAUGGAACUUGUGUACCUCUGUACCGGACAAACAGCUACAAGUGUCGCUGUACGAAAGCAUACACAGGAAGCCACUGCGAAAAAGUUGAUAAUGACUGCAGCUGCUCAUCAGGACCAGAAGGAAAACAGAGAUGCAAAAUAGAGUACCUCAUGGUGUUUCCGGAGCCGCGUUCUACCGAAAAUUACGCCAUGAAGAAUCCAGCCAUAGCUUCAGAUCUCAACCAGUUGUCGCUGUGUUUUUUCAUCAAGCUUGUUCAAGACCAAGGGGCUCAGACAGUCGUCAGCUAUGCCAAAAAACAUCACAAUGAGAUCCUUGUCGAAAUUUAUCCAACACGAACAGAUGUUUAUGUUGACAACAACUUGUUCCGGUAAUGCUGCCUAUAUUUUUUUAAAGUCGGACGGGGUAUUUCUUAAUCGAGCCACGAUAAAUCAUGAUAGGGGAAGUGCUACGAUCAGCUUCUUCCUCCUAGCGUUAAUGUCUAACCCUUUGCGGAAAGGAAGAAAGUUAAAUAUACAAACACUCAAACGGAAAGCGUCGGGCCUCUUUCUCUUUUCUUAUCGUGAUUUUAAUACUAGGUAUGUUAAUCUUUGACCAAAACAAAUCUAGACGUAUUUUCCUUACGCUUUGCAAAUAACUAUUCGGGUCCUUGUUUAAAAUUUGAUUUAGAUCACAUUGCUCAAUAGGACAUUUAAAUCUUUCGAGUAACGAGGACUCGCUUAUUGUGGUUCUAACCAUAAAAGGAUGAGGUUUUUUAACCGACCCGGCUUUCGAAAUAGUAGCUCAGAUCAUACUUUUGAUAUAGCAAAGAUGAAAUUAAGAGAUUGACCGAAUGAAUGCAAUUAAUGCAAUGAAUGAAUUAAAGCAAAGAACGAAUGGAAGCUUGAAGAUUGACUGACUGACAGGUCACUGGUCAACUUGCUGACAGACCCACUGGUUGACAGAUUGACCGACUGACAGGCCACUUACAUAUAACUUUAAACUGACUGACUACUGACUGACAGACUGAAUGACUCUGCUAACUG